AAUACGUCAUAUUAUGACCAGCUCUGAGGGGGAGAUGUGUGCGUGCGGAGAUUUGCAGCUGUCGCGCAAGUAGGCUACUGUUUGGGCAUUAUUAAAAUGACAUGUACCUCGAAAAGUUUAAUUUUUGUGCGAUUUCAUUUGCGCGCAAGACUACAACAUAACAUCGCCUAAGAAAACAGCCUUUGGAAAACAACUCGUUUGGUUGUCAGUCAACCUCAUCUUUUGGCACGAACAGCUGGAAGCUAGAGGAAGUGCAAGUGGGCUUGUCGUGGUUGGGGGUGUGGGUGCGGAGGUGGUGCAAGGAGGUGGGGUGGGGCCCAGUGAGACGCUGCAGAGGGACAGGGAGGAGCAGCGACAGCUGCUUGCCGACACCCACACGGCCACCAUGGACCUACGUUGUCGCCUGGAUCUCAAUGAGCGUGGCUGGCUCAAGGAGCGCUCCGAGCUGUUGGAGCGCUUCGACUCUGAGAGGAGGGAGUGGGAGAGCCAGCUCAGAGACAUGCAGACCAAGAUAGAGGAGCUGUACAAGGAGGUGAGAUCAAGGAGAGAAAGAGGAGGGAACGUUCAAGACGUUGGUCAGAGUUUCAGUUUGCAUUCCAGAUGUACGGGGUCCAGCUUGCUCAGUGAACCCUCGGUCUCAAACCCCCCCAGCAGCAGCUGUCAGUCUGAAACCCCCCAACGCACCAACCAUAGCAGCAGCAACUCUAGCAACAGUCAUGGAUCGGCUGGUCUCUAUGGAAACAGCAUGACAAAUUCCAUUGCCAACUGUGUCGUCAGGAGCAGCCAGGUGGAACGGUUGGAUGAACUAGGCGGAGUCCUGCAGGCAGAGGAGGAGGAGUCUGUUGGGAUACAGGAAGUUGACACUGCAGAGCUGGAGGCCAUCUUGAAAGGAGUGAUGGGACAGGGGCCUGAGAGGGACAUCAUGGAUAAAGAUAAUGUCAGAGUCCAGGCACCUUUCAGCAGAAGCCAUAGCAAGGACUCUAGCUACAGCAGCGGAAAAAAAAGGAACACAACAGCUCUCAACGCUGCUUUGAAGGAGAUAGCUCGGGUCAGUGAGGAGCUGUGUAGCUACCAGGAUGAGAUCACGAGGAAGGCUAAAGAUAAGAGGGUCAAUACUGAGUUCCCGUACCUCUUGGAAGAUGGUCAAAAGGGUGGGGACAAAGAUAGUACCAGACUAGAGAGGGAUGAGAUGACCUUUGACCUCAACCAGCUCUACGCAGAUCUUCGGGUCCUGGAGGAGCAGAACUGGAUCACCUGGUCGGCCAAUACAAAGGACUCCUGGUCUUCCAGUAGCAAGAAACAAAAAACAAACACCACACAUCCCGAGCAAGAGAAGGUGGCUCCACCGAUCCCCCCUCGCCUCACUUCCUGGUACCUCAGCAACCCCACUCCCCCAGAGCCAGAAGUACAGACCCAAGAAUCCCUUGCUCUCAGAAAGUGCCAUAGCCCCUGUGUGGUGGUGGACAGGAAGUCAAACAGUCCAUCCAUUGUGAGGAAGUUUGAGGCAAUGCUGCAGGAGAAUGAGGGCAAAGUCCUGACAGAGGUGGGUGUAGCCUCCUGCUCUGUGCCCACCAACUCUAACUGCAACACGGGCUGCUGCCAUAACCGCUGGUCCUGCGAUGGCAGCCGGUUUGGCAGCAGCAAGUCGUCCACUUACGUGCCUGUUCAGAAGAGCCUAUCUGAGAUGAACAUCCUGACCGUGGGGAGGGACAACCGAUUAGACCGUAGACUUUCUGAUAGCCCUAUGAGUUCAGAAGCACAGAGGCUGGUCAUGGGUGAAAAUUCCCCAUACUUUUUGGAUCUACCUUCCCCAAAUCUCCCCAUUGUCUGCUCUAACACCCAGGGAUCCCGGAGGAACAUUACCCUUGAGCAGAAGACGGCUGAGUUCAACCGAACUCUGUUUCAGGCUGAGAUGGGCCUGGGUAUCGAUGUGGAAGAUUUGACCCCAGCAGGUGUCUCUGUGGGUUGUGAACCAGUUUGUCCAACUGUAGGUGAUGAGGUCACUCCCUGGGGUGCCAUAGUUGACCUUCAACCCCAGGGAACAGAGGUCAAACACCAGAGAGGCAAGCCUGACAUCCUCAGUGUCCAGAGUCCAGGGCACGCCCUGUCCAGCACACCAUCUCACUAUCCUGAGGUCAAACUUAGGAGACCCUCCCUCGACUCAAGACGUCAAGAGGGCGAAGUGACGGAAGUCACCUUUGACAGUUCAACAUCUAACGUAGUCUCACAUGACUCAAACGUUGUAAAGUCAAACAUUCCGUCCCGGAUAACACGACAUAGAGAAACAGAACCUGUCAACCUCAAGGCAUAUUGUGUGAGUGCCAGUCCAAAACAGAACAAGGCUCAACACGGAGAGAGGCCUCACCAGGCUAAUGCAGGCAGUACAGCCCAACCCCCUCCAGACACCCUGCCUACGCAGGCUGGACAUAGAGCCCAGGCAGAUACCUCCAGACCCGGUCGUCGGAUCCUUAAUGACCACCCGUGGAAGCCCCUGACUCUGGCUGCCUACCCACGGCCCCCAGAUUCGAGGUCAAACUAUGGAGCUGUAGAGAAGAUUCUGAAAAGCUAUGAAAGUGCUGCCUGGGCCCAGCAGUACCAGCAGAGGCAGCCCAGCCUCAUUCAGGGGCCCCAACCUGGAUUUAGCCAGGGAGAAGGUGACCGCAUAGAGCUGAUGGACAUCCUAGAGAUGGACCACCUGUCUCUUAACCCUGCCCCCAGAAAAACACAGACACGCUCUCACAUCCACACACCCCUCACCCAGACGACCACCCACAGAGAGACCCUUUCUGUGCAGGAGAGCCAAGAAACGUCCUCAUCAGAGUCUGUCCAGAAGACCUUCUCCAGGCCAGCUCGGCCCGCCAACCGCCGCCUCCCCUCUCGCUGGGCUAGCCACUCCCCAUCACCCUCCUCCUCUCCCUCUCCCUCCACCACUCCCGUCACACAGUCCACAUUCUCUGCCCAGAAACACACCUUCUCCUACUCGGCAUAUCACACAGAAACAGCCAUCAUUUAACUGCAGGAUGACUAGCCUGUGUCUAAACCAGUAGGAUGCCUUCUAAUAACUCAGAGACAACUUCUGAUUCCCUUUUCUCCUCUGUGUAAAUACUUGCUCCAAGACUGUUAAUCCUACCCAACUUGGAAGUGCUUUAGCUGUGAAUGAGUUCAGGACUCCUCUUUAAAAUGUAUUGCUGCAUUAGGUUGAGUUAAAAUUGCUGAUUCCAGCUGUAGGUUAUCUGGGUCUAGCUGCAAGAACUGUACCUGUGUGACUUCAUCGUUAAAUUAGUUUUACAUGCGUAAACAGUGUUGCAAAAUGAUGAACAAGCAGUAAUUCUUACCAACAGUAGAAAACAUGUAUGUCCCUUUUUAUAAAUAUCAACCAAAAAGUCGGUGUCUACUUCUCUACGUGUAUGACAUUAUUUUUAGAGUAUAUUUUGCGCUCUAUCGCCGCAUAGUUUUAUGUCGAUGGCUUAAUUUGUAAUUUACUGCUCUUAGGGGCCGUACAGCAUUCAAGCAUACCUACAUAUCUGAACAAUGUAUGAAAUGAACAAGGCAAUUUGAUACUUUUAUUCACUUCAAGUAUAUGGUUAUCUAAUGGAUAAUACAGUCUGUGGAAUGAAUGUGGUAAAGAAAGUUGUGAAACAUCAUGAAAGGGAUGCCUUUGCUUUUCUGUUUGUGUAAUAAAUGUAAGAACAUG